AAAAAAAAUUCAUGAAGCCUAUGCUGGCGGGUUUUCAAUUCUCUGUUCUGUGUUGUGUUGCUUCUGAUAUUCAAUCACCAUUCCCCAACGAGAAAGCUCGGAAGGUCAUCCAUUUCUUGCAACGUUUGAGAGAAUAAGUGCCUUCUGUUUCAAGAUUCAGUUAUCUUUCUAUUCUUCUUGUGAAGUGAUCCUGAAACAGUUCAUCACUUCUUUUAGCUCUGAAGUGAAGCAACUACUAUUGUAACAAGACUCAGAUAGUGUGAUGGCCUCAUCAUAUAUUGUGAGGGGAAAAACAUACGCAGAUGCGGUGCUACUGCCUCCGGUGGCACCGCCAAAGAAGAAGCAAAUCCUACUUGCCGUUUGUGGAUGCGAGAGUGCUGCGAAUUUCAGACAACUGAUCCAAGCUUUCUUGAGAUGGGCCGAGGUAAAAGUCAUUGUCACAAAAUCAGCAAAGAAAUUUGUUAAACCACCAUUCCCAGACGAGGUGCUCGUGUAUAUGGACGAUGAUCAGUGGAUCUUGUGGGAGAAAAAAGUGGCUGUAUGCCUUCAUGCUGAGCUUUAUAUGUGGGCUGAUGCCAUGGUCAUUGCUCCAUUAUCUGUACAUGCCCUUGCAAAGAUUGCGGGAGGGUUUUGUGACACUUUGCUAACAAGUGUUGUGAGAGCAUGGAACUGCGUAAGAAAGCCAUUGUUUGUAGUACCAUCCAUGGACCCUUUGUGGAAGGAAAAUUAUACCACAUUGAGAAGCUAUAUUUCCCUUCAUGAACUUGGGAUCCUUAUAAUCACACUGUUAAUUCAGAAGAAAGAUGGGAAACUGCCUGAACCUGAUGAGAUUUCCAAAUUUGUGAGAGAUAAUAUAUGGUGCAUUUGAAGAAUGUGAGAGUCAAAUUUCAGAUAUGUGUACUUAGAGACAAAUUUAAUGGAUUUAGAUUUGAAAACUGUAAAAUGUGAUAUGCAUGUAAGCAAGGU